AUGGAACUUUCACUUCGAGCCCAACUACAAACCUCUGCUCAGUCAUUCUGCAACGCCUUAGCGGACAAUAAGGAUUUAGAUACAGUUAUGUCACAUUUCAGCACGACGCACCAGGUUACUGCCAUCGAACACGGUGAAAAGGCAUUAGCACCUUUCCUAGGCAGAGAAUACGCUGGAGCCCCCGCGAUACGUUCAUAUUUCGAGACGAUUGGUUCGUUACUCUCGUACGAAGAAAUGGAGUUUGUCGAGUUUGUGGUCGACAGUCAUUCUCGGAGGGUCGCAUGCAAAGCUAGAGCCAAAUUCACCUGGAAGAGUACAGGUGAAAGCUGGGAAGAGAAAUUUGCAUACAUGCUCGAUUUCGACGACGAGAAGAAGAUCACAGAUUAUCAAGUGUGGGCAGACUCGGGGGCGGCGUAUCUUGCCAGAAUCGGAAAGCUCGAUGAAGUGAGGAAGGUGAGAAAAAUCCUUGCGUCCUUGAAGCUCUCUGCACGUCCUUAUGUAUAG